CAGCAGGAGGCUAAAAUGACUGUAGCUGUCAGUUACAAUGUACAGUUUUCCUCCUGCACGUUCAGUUUAAAGGUCAGUUCUCGGUUAAACAGCACCGCAUGGCUCUGAUAUUGCGGUAGGUCAGACUCUACUCUGCAGACUGCUCUUUAGGAGGUUUUAAGUGUGUGUAAAUAAUCUGACAUAUUUACACCAACUGCGUUGAAAAAGCUCCUAAACAUGUGAUGUGUGGGAAUUAUGAGUCGGCACGAGGCACGAGGACGGCGGGCUGUUUGUACACUACAAAUGAGCGACUUUAUCCUGUUAACGAGGCAGUAAACGGUUUGGAAAGCCGUGUGUUACUUUAUGAAGUGUGUGUGUAGCCGUAUCGUGCGGAAACUUUUUUUCACGACACUUGCGUGUGUUGAGCUGUGAACCCUGCGAGCGGCUGGACAUUCACAUGUCAACAGUGUUCCGAUGUGCGACUGUCGGAAGAAAACUUCUUUGUUGCUAGGUUACAUCAGACUUUAGGUUAGCUAUCAUUAGCUGCAGCGACCCGAGCGGACAUGUCGGCGGUCUCGGCCACCGAGAAAGUGGACGGCUUUACUCGGAGAUCCGUGAAGAAGGCGCAGAAGCAGCGGAAAUCGCCCAGCUCGUCGCGCUUUAGGAGCCAGAGUUUCUCCGGGGAGCUUUCAGCCCUGCCGCAGCUCAGAGCCAACGUUCACGAUACUCCGUCUACAGAGCAGCAGGAGCUGUUUGUGCAGAAGCUCCAGCAGUGCUGCGUCCUCUUCGACUUCUUCGACUCGGUCACUGAUCUGAAGAGUAAAGAGGUGAAGAGGGCCACUCUCAACGAACUGGUGGAGUAUGUGUCGACCAGCAGGGGCGUACUGGUGGACUCCGCCUACCCUGACAUCAUUAACAUGAUCAGCACCAACUUGUUCAGAACUCUGCCUCCGAGCGAAAACCCUGAUUUCGACCCUGAAGAAGACGAGCCCACACUGGAGGCCUCGUGGCCACACAUGCAGCUGGUGUUCGAGUUUUUCCUGCGUUUCAUAGAGAACCCGGAUUUUCAGGCGAGCACGGCCAAACGCUACAUCGACCAGAAGUUUGUGCUGCAGCUGUUGGAGCUGUUUGACACCGAAGACCCCCGGGAGCGAGACUUCCUGAAAACCAUCCUGCAUCGCAUCUAUGGAAAAUUCUUGGGCCUGCGCGCGUUCAUCCGCAAACAAAUCAACAACAUUUUCUUACGGUUCAUCUAUGAGACCGAGCAUUUCAAUGGAGUAGCUGAACUUCUGGAGAUCCUGGGCAGCAUCAUCAAUGGAUUCGCGUUGCCGCUGAAGGCCGAACACAAGCAGUUCCUGACGAAGGUGCUCAUUCCGAUGCACACCGCCAAAGCCCUAGCGCUCUUCCACGCUCAGUUGGCGUACUGCGUCGUUCAGUUCUUGGAGAAGGACGCCUCGCUCACAGAGCCGGUGAUCCGGGGGCUUCUGAAAUUCUGGCCCAAGACCUGCAGCCAGAAAGAGGUCAUGUUCCUGGGCGAAAUCGAGGAGAUCCUGGACGUCAUCGAGCCGACCCAGUUCAAGAAGAUUCAGGAGCUGCUGUUUAAACAGAUCUCCAAGUGUGUAGCUAGUCCUCAUUUUCAGGUAGCGGAAAGGUCGCUGUACUUCUGGAACAACGAGUACAUCUUGAGUCUGAUCGAGGAGAACAUAGACAAGAUCCUGCCCAUCAUGUUCAACAGCCUGUACCGCGUCUCGAAAGAGCACUGGAACCAGACGAUCGUAGCGCUGGUGUACAACGUGUUGAAAUCGCUGAUGGAGAUGAACAGCGCACUGUUCGACGAGCUCACAGCCUCGUACAAGGCCGACAGACAACGAGAGAAGAAGAAGGAGCAGGAGAGGGAGGAGCUGUGGAAGAGGCUGGACGAGCUGAAGGUCUCCAAGAGCCAGAGCAACAGCCACGGCAUCGCGAACUCGGAGAACAGCAACAAUAACAACAACCAAUCAGAGGAGCAGAACAGCUCGGCCAUCAGCGCCACAGACGGCGUUAACACACACGCACACAAAACCGACCACUGCGCCAAAUGACACAGGAACAGCUAUCGGAUUGAAACCAGCAGCACUCUGUCACAGACACGUGGACGUUUCGAGUGAAAACACACUCUAUAGAUCUACAUAGGCCAACUUUAUCUAUGAGAAAUGAAAUAUUUUAGUUAUGUAAGUCUAUUUUUGGAUGUCGAGUGCAGUCACGUUAUUUCGUAUAUUAAAGCUUCAUUCACAGAUAGACGUGCGCCGUCGUACAGCGUUCUCGUGGACGUUACCGCGUCCCGUUCCGAAGGAGGCGGUUCUGAGCGGUGUUCUCGCUCUGAGAGAAAUCCUGUUCUAUUCCAGAUUAGACAGCGUUAUGGCAUAACCGAUUCUGUUCUGUCCAGCAGUAAGGAAUUAUUCAAAGGUAUUAAAAUGCAGUUUUGGGAUAUCCCAUUCACACGGUCUGACUCCCGAGUUCAACGUGUGCAAGAGCACGCUAGAUUUCUGAGGGGGAAAAAAAGUGAGAAAACAAAUCGGCGGUGUAACGAAUUAUAAUCGAAUUCUCCUGUCAAUUCAAAAAAAAAAAAAAAAAAAGCUCCAAACACACGUCCUAGCAACUGUUACGCUCCGCUACUGUGUAGUUAUGACGUGGUUUUGACCGAGGAGAGCGGAUUAACCAUGUCCAUUCAUAUCGAUGUUUGUUGUAAAUUGACUCCGCAUAAUACUGAGGACCGGUGUUUACUGAGGACCAGGACGUUUAAGGGAGCAGUGUGUCGUUUUUAAAGAGUCCUCUCUGAAUUGCAAAGAAAACCAAAAUAAAGUAAAGAAUUCUCCUUCAA